AUGGCGUUUUCUCUGAGAGAAGAUCCCAGAGUCCAGAACCGUUGGGAUUCGGAGUCUCCUGCCUUGUCCACAUGCAGCAAUGCCGAUAUUUUUCGCAGAAUGAAUACCAUGCUUGGCAAUUCUCUGGACUUCACUGGAGUUUGCACUACUCCAAGUGCUAAGGGCAAGCGGGACCUUUUGAUUGACCGGCCAGAUUCGGAGCUCUCUGCUGUGAGGAGUAGAAUGCUGUUCCCAAACACUGCCCAGGACUCGUCCAGGGGUUUAACCGAUGUCAGUGAUCUGGGUUUGGGUCUCCAGUCCCUAAAUCUCUCAGGGUGGGACAGACCCUGGAGCAACCAGGACACUGAGCCAACCACACAGGCUAGCACCCCCUCCAUGAUGGGAAUGCUGGGAAGUCCUCUCAGCCAACUCCUCAACAAACCGCCUGGCUAUUCCUCCAAUGAGCCGACGGGUGCUGCAGACUUCCUGGAGAACUUUCCAGGCAUGGCUCGGAUGAAAUCCCGCUCCUUCCUUGACUCCCACUCUAGCAGUCCUGUGGAUUCCGAGACUAGCGGCUUUAGCUCUGGCUCCGAUCACCUCUCUGAGCUGCUGUCCUCCCUGAGGAUUUCUCCUUCGGUGCCCUUCCUCAUGUCCAACAUGCAGAAAGACCCUCUCAAACUGAGCCUGGGCUCUCGGCUGGACCAUGAUAGCUCCCCGCUGACUCCCCCUCCUAGUGCCCCUCCAGGUAGUGCCCUUUCCCGCCGCUGGCCUGGUGCUUCUGUCUGGCCAAACUGGGACCUGCUGGAAACCCCCGAAGGCCCCUUCAGCAUCGAGAGAGAGGCCCGACUUCACAGACAGGCUGCAUCGGUCAAUGAAGCUACCUUCACGUGGAGCGGACAGCUUCCCUCCCGAAACUACAAAAACCCUGUUUAUUCUUGCAAGGUCUUUUUGGGAGGAGUGCCUUGGGAUAUCACUGAAGCUGGUCUAAUCAACACUUUUAGCUGUUAUGGCCCUCUGAGUGUGGAGUGGCCGGGUAAGGAUGGCAAGCAUCCACGCUGCCCUCCUAAAGGUAAUAUGCCUAAAGGAUAUGUGUACCUGGUGUUUGAGUCAGAGAAGUCUGUGCGUGGGCUGCUGCAGGCAUGUUCUCAGGAUCUCCUGCACCCAGAGGGCUACAGCGAGUACUAUUUCAAAAUGUCAAGCAGGAGGAUGCGCUGCAAAGACGUGCAGGUCAUCCCUUGGGUGAUUUCGGACAGUAAUUAUGUGCGCUGCCCUUCUCAGCGCCUGGACCCCAGUAACACAGUGUUUGUGGGAGCUCUCCAUGGCAUGCUGAACGCUGAGGCUCUAGCCAGCAUUAUGAAUGACCUCUUUGGAGGGGUUAUGUAUGCUGGCAUUGACACAGACAAGCACAAGUAUCCAAUUGGUUCAGGCCGUGUGACCUUUAACAACCAGCGCAGUUACCUGAAGGCAGUGAGUGCUGCAUUUGUGGAAAUAAAGACUCCUAAGUUUACAAAGAAGGUGCAGAUAGACCCAUACCUGGAGGACUCGAUGUGUCAGAUGUGCAGUCGCCAGCCAGGUCCCUUUUUCUGCAGAGACCAGGCCUGCUUCAAGUACUACUGUCGUUCCUGCUGGCACUGGCAGCACUCAAUGGAUAUCCUGAGUAAUCAUCGCCCACUGAUGCGUAACCAGAAGAACCGGGACUCCAGCUAA